AUGUUAGCGGAGGUGGGGAAGCUGAGGGCCUGGGGCCUGGCGGCGGGGGCGGGGCUGGCGGCCGCGGGCUUCCUCCUCACGUGGAGGGUGCGACGAGGGGCGGAAGCAGGGGCUGGGGGUGGAGCCGGGGGCGGGGCUGGAGUUGGGGGCGGGGCCGGGGGCCGCUGGGAGGAGGGAGCGCUGCCCCGGUCUGACGCGAGGCCGGUGGGCGCCGAGGAGCUGCCGGGCCCGGGCUCCCGGCCUCGGCCUCGGCCCCGGGAGGAGGUGCUGGAUUACCUGGACUCCAUCCACGGCUGCCUGGAGAGCCUGAGGGCCGAGGUGCGGGCGCUCAGGGAGUGCGUACAGGCCGCGGCGGACAGGCCCGGCGGCGGCGGAGGGAGGAGCACCCGGAGGACGAGGCGCCGGGGCCCGAGAGACAGCGACGGCGGCGACGACUCGGCCGACUCGGCCUCCAUCUACUUCGCGGCCAGCGCCGGCAAAGCCGCGUCCGACAGCGGCAGCGAGGCCGGUUAUGCCACAGCCCGAACCGAGACAGAAGUGGAGGAGGCGGACACUGAAUUGGACACCGAAUCACCACAGGAAGCAAUGUCGGAACUCGAGUUGGAGCUGAACUCACUGCUGCAAGAAGCUGACAGACUGCACCAAGGCAGCCACGAGGAUAAAAAGGAAGGAUUCAACGCCCUUCGGGACAACAAAACAAAGUUUGGCAACAGUGAGGAAUUCUGUUGGCGGAUGAUCCGAGCCUUUAGUGACAUGUUUGAGAUCACAGAGGAUGAAGAGGCACAGAAAUCCUAUGCUUUGGCCGGGAGGGACGAAGCAGCCGUCAGUCUGCAGGACCACGGAGACAGUGCGGAGUGCCACAAAUGGCUCGCUGUUGUGUCCAGCUAUCUGCAGGGUCAGGACACUGGGGAUAAACGGGCAGAAUGUGCCGGAAAGCUCCACAAGGAACGCAUUCUGAAACCAACCGACCUCCAACCGGACAGCCCUGAGGGCAGCGCCGCACUGGAGGAAUGGCGUUACAGUGACAAGCAGCUGCAAGAGGAAGAGAGUGUGUUGGUGGGAGUCAUUAAAACCUAUGAGAGCAUGUGCUCGAACCAGUGUAACGCGACCACAGCGGAGAACUUCCCCGUCACAGCAACAGCAACAGCGGCGAGAGGUCAACAAAAACAGGGAGACGUCGAUGAAGUUACCGCCUCUCACUCAUGAAGAUGUCCGAGCAUUUUUGGCGUCUACAGUUAAACCCACCCGCAACGCAACAAGUGUGCUG